AUGAGCGAUUUUGGACUUUUGAGCUAUUACUUGGGUAUUGAAGUACGACAAAGCAGUGAACCAAUCACUUUAUGUCAGGCCGGAUAUGCAAGAAAAAUCCUAGAGAAGCUAGGAAUGGGGGAGUGCAAUCCUUGUUCGAUUCCCAUGGAACCAAGAAUGAUGAGCAAACAUGGGAAUGGAGAACCUGCGGUUGACAAAACACUUUACAGAAGUGUUAUUGGAAGCUUACGCUAUCUGGUUAAUACCUGGCCCGACAUAGCCUACUCAGUUGGUAGAUACAUGGAGGCACCAACAACUUCACAUCUCACAACAAUAAAACAAAUAUUGAGGUAUGUGAAAGGUACUCUAAGUUUUGGUUGUGUUUAUAAGAAGCUAUCGAAUGUGGAGCUGGUAGGAUUUAACGACAGUGAUAUGGCUGGGGAUAUUGAUGAUAGGAAGAGUUCAACUGGAGUGUUGUUCUAUUUGAGAGUAAAUCCAAUAACCUAG